AUGGAUUGGUCCUUGCCACAUGCCACACAGAUAUUGUGUGCCCUGAAGAUAGAACCUAAGCCAUACUUCCCUCUCCACUGGGUCGGCCGAGGGCUAGAAGGUCAGCCUCACCACCAGGGAUUCAGAGGCCACAACCCCAAGUGCAACACAAUUGCCAAAGCCAAAACAUUUCACACUAUGAUUGUGUACAAUGCAUACUAUACACAAAGAUUAAAAUACAACAAACCUUGCAGAGAAGCAAGGUUGAAAGGAGCCAUAGGGUUUGACUGCGAGUGGGUUCAGGUGAGGGGGAAGCGACGGCCCGUGGCACUUCUGCAACUGGCAUCAUGCUCAGGAACAUGUGUGUUGGUCCGUCUGUUGCAGAUGAAGACCAGUAUACCACAGACACUUAAGGAGUUCUUAGCAGAUGAAACAAUUCUAAAAGUUGGAGUUGGUCCCAUGGAAGACAGUAAUUAUCUUGCUGCAGAUUACAACAUACAGGUCAAAGGUUGUGUUGAUCUGCGGCACCUAGUCCUCAUGAGCCACACUUUGUCCCCGGAGCCAAAGUCAAAGUUGAAACCAAAGGGCAUGGGACUGAAUGCACUCUCACAAUAUUACCUCGAGCAAACCUUAGACAAAGACUGGAGGGUGCGAGCCAGUGACUGGGAGGCUGAGGAGCUCACACAGAGACAGAAGAACUAUGCUGCAGAGGAUGCCCUGGUGGGUAUACACAUCUUGAUAGCGCUGCUGCAAAAGCUUUGGACACUUCGUUCGUCUAUCAUCCCCUUCUUACCUUCGUUGCAUUGGCACAGGCACUUGUCCUCGUCAGUUCAACAGAUUUGCUUCCCUUUUGUUGAUCGAAAGUUUUCCAUGAACAAAAGUGAACAAAAUGGAGGAUCAAACGAAAGUGGACAGACUGCUUCUUGUGCGAAACUGAAAUCAGCCUACCAACCACAUGUGGCGCGCAGGACCCCACUCUAUUACUACAGCCAGAUGAGAGCUCCUGACAAUGAGUUGCUCUGUGUGUGUGACCCAAGGAAAGCUCUCUGGUAUGUGGAAAAGGGCAAAGCAGAAGUUGUGAGUGAAGAUCCUCUUGUUAUUCGACUGAACUUUGAACCUUCUGGACGACCCUUAGCUGACAGGGAUGAUAGUAGGUUCUACCUUCAAGAACGUUUGAAUGUCUGUGUAGUAUGUGGGAAGGGUGAAAUAUACAUCAGAAAGAACAUUGUUCCCCUUGAAUAUCGCAAACAUUUCCCAGACAUACUGAAAAACCACCAGAGUCAUGAUGUUGUGUUGCUUUGUUUGGACUGCCACAAGAAAAGCAACUUGGAGGAUAAAGUGUUUCGUUACACUCUGGCAAAGGAGUUUGAUGCCCCUGUUGGCAAUGAACAUAGCAAGAAAACCAGUGUGGACAGACAUCAAAUUACUGUGAAAAAUGCUGCUAAAGCUCUGGUUUGCAAUAGGGCAAACAUCCCUGAGAAACGGGUGCUGGAAUUAGAGAAUAUACUUAAGAGUUACUUGGAGACUGAUUUCAUAAGUGAAACACAGCUCAGAGAGAUGGCUGAGACAGACACCAAAUUCAGGAAUAAGGCUUCUCAAUCCCAUGGCCACAAAGUGUAUGAAGCUUAUGAAAAAGUUGGGCUGAUAAAGUUAAUUCAGAGAUGGCGGAAGCAUUUUCUCUCAUCAAUGAAACCACAACACAUGCCUAUUGGCUGGUCAGUUACACACAACAUUUGUGCUCUGAAAGUGAAGAUGAGCCAGCACCCAAAAGGUCAUCCUGAAAGGCUAAAGUACAAGGUUGCUCUUGUGGGCACAGAAGGCACAAUUGAUAUCCCCUACAUGCCUGAUAUAAGCAUAGAGGAAUCUGCUGAAUCAGAAAGUAAAGAGAUGACUCCAGAAAGUUUAUCAGAGGCACUAAACCUCCCAACUGAUUUAAAAGCAGCUGAAUCAAAUGCAAUUUCAGAGGGUUGUAGGAAUAUAGAUUAUUCUCAUGCUUCUGGAUGCCUCUCAGCAGCUGAUAGAAAGGUUGCUUUAGAACAAAAUUAUGAGUCUGAAAGCCAGUUUACUGUUGGAUAAUUGGGGGAGUUUACCCUAAAUCACUCAGAUGAGUGACUUGGAAACCUGUGUUACAGUAUGAUGCUUAGACCUCAAUGGGUCUGAAGCUAAUCAUAAUACAUCCUUAGGAGAGAAUAGAACAAAUAUGAGCAUCUAUCAUGAUUCAAAAACAAAGAAAAUACACACAACAAACAUUCUGUUGUAGCGAUGAACUUGUUCAAAAGGAAGUUCUCCUCCAUGAGAAUGAGUGAAUAAACUGAAUAAUCUAAAUAAACUAAAUUGAUCUCUUAUAGUGGUAUAUAGGGAUGGACUUUGUAAUUAAUUUGGAAUGAUGAAAUGUUGAAGAUAUUUUAAGUAGCAUAAUCAAAUUUGUAGAUAAGAUGAGUAUAUGAGACUCCUGAAUUUAUUUAUUUAUUCUUAAAAAAUGUGUUAGUGUGGUUAUAUAAAAAUGGAUUUGUACCAAAUAUAAUAUUUUUGCACUUUGUGUAUUGAAUGAUAUGCAUGCAAAGAAAUUCACUCAUGAUGUAAUCUAAAUUACAUAUGAUUAUAAUAACAUUUGCUUGUAGUUACACCAUUAUAUAUUUAUCUGAUUUUGUAAUUUUGAAUGAUAAAGUUUAUAUAUUAAAAGAACUAAUAUUUAGUCAGAAUCACUGAAAAAUUAUGAUUCCAUAUUUUGAAUAAAAUAUUAAAACUUUAA